UCGCUGCUUCACGUUCCGGGGUCUUUUGUUUCUGAACCACUACCUGGGCUGCAGCUGGCAGUGCGCUGGAAGUAAAGGAAGACCCUGCUGCGGUUCCAACCAAUGAGGAUGCCCUGGAACCAAACAACUGUAACGGAUCAAACUAAAUAAGGAUGUUACACUAAAACACGCCUUUAUUUUUUUUAGAUUGUAGACGAUAAUGGCAAUACUACCGUAUCAUGUAGGCGCUUUAUAAACCUUUGCACAUCGGAAAUAAUUACAGCAUCUAUCACUGAUUUAUUUGUUUUGUUGCUAAUGAGGUGAGCCCACAGGGAAGUACCAUGCUGAAGGCGUGACAAUUAUAUACUUAAAAGUGAGCUUAUAUACAGCUAAAUACUAAUAGAAAGCUUAAAAAUGUUUUCAUUACAAUUUCAAAUUGUGCAUUCCUGUUAAGUUAAUAACCUAAAACAUAAUAUAUAUUUAAACGUCCCCAAAAAAAUUCAAAAACCAAAACGGCACACUCCUGUUUUGUCUGGCACACUGACGUAAUGACGUACCCUCCCACUGGACGUAAAAGCAUUUGGUUUUAAAUGUGUGAAAGUACCGGCGUGGAGGGCGGAGUACGCGUUUCGUAUUUAUUUUCUAAAAGUAAUCCACGUUUGAUCCUGUGCACUUAGAAAUUUUUAGAUUUUUUUCAAGUCCCUUUCUAGAAGGUUGGCUUAUAAGUCGAACUUUACGUUUAUUUUAGUUUGAUAGCAUGAUUCUCCUUGAUAUACUGAUAAAUUAAAUACUUUUUUCUAAGUAGAGAAAAUUAAUGACUUCGAUAUAAUUGUGUCCUAAAUAUUUAGAUUCAUGCAUUUUGUGACCUUUUUGAAAAGAUUUUACUUUCCAUUUAGGCGAUAUUAAUUUAUUCCGGUAGAUAAGGUAACACAAAUCGAGCCACCCCUGUCCGUUGGAGGGGCGUGGGAUGUUAGAGCUGGAAUGCGAAUGGACGAACAACAUGGACGAUCAGCGGGACGUUCAAACUUCCAAGCGAAACGGGAGCUGCAGGUCGCUGUUAUUGGCCGGUUCCGCGGUGGCUAUGGAGAUUAAACGGAAGAAAAUACGACAGAGUGCCUUGUUCUUGCAAACAGAGAGCACCAACCUACAGGAGAAGCUCGACUUUGAGAUCCGAAUGCGAGAGGGCGCCUACAAGCUGCUGCUCGCCUGCAGUAAGAGAGAACAGAUUCUCAACGCUUCCAAGAACCUGCUGACCUGCAACGCCAGGAUCAAGGCUUAUCUCACACAGCUGCAGAGGAAGAAAGAGGAGCAGGACAUGAUGGGAGCAGUCAGAGGUAUACCAGAUCCAGUUUCAGAUGGCCGUUUUCCCUGUAGUGGGACAGUUGCAAUGUCAGGGCUACGCAUUCCCAUGAUGUGGAGGGAUUCAGACCACUUCAACAACAGAGGAAGCUCUCGUCGGGUGGCUGUGUUCUGUGUGAUGCAGAUCGGCUCAGAGGUGUUUGAUACCGACAUGGUGGUGGUGGACAGAUCAGUCACUGACAUCUGCUUUGAGGGGGUCACCAUCUUCAAAGAAGCAGUUCCACAGUUUGAGCUGAGGGUGGAGCUGUGGAGCUGCGCCCUGGAGGAAGAGCUAACGCUGGUAAACACACCAAAGAAACUGGCCAAGAAGCUCCGCAACUCCUUCGGAAAGAGCGGUGGGAAGAAGCUCUGCUCCCUGCUGGACACUCCAGACCCUGACACCUUCCUCCAGUACAACCCAAUCCCCUCCGGAGCCAAAUACAGCCUGCUGGCCUACACCACUCUGCGUCUGCCCGAGGCUGAAGGCAGCUUCCAGUCUCACUCCCUCAUUGUCCUCCAAGACGCUGAGUGGUCGUCUUGGCUUCCUCUCUACGGCAACCUGUGCUGCCGGUUGGUGGCCCAGCCGGCCUGCAUGACACAGACCAUGAUGACUGGCUACCUGAACCAGAAGCAAGGUAUGGAGGGGAUGAACCGCUGCUGCAGUCUUUACUGCGUGCUGAGCGGCGGCCUUUUAUCCUGCUACUUCGCCCCGGAAGAAGUCGACGCAAAAGUGCAGCCGACUCUCAAAGUACCCGUCAAUAAGGACACCCGGAUCCGAGUGAUGGAGAAGGAGUCAGCAGCUCGCAAAUCCAGGAGUCUGUCCAUCAUCAACCCUUCACCAGAGGGAUCUGAGACCACCGUCUUCACCGCAGACACCAGGGAAGAGCUGGACGACUGGCUGGACGCCCUCCACCAGCACCUCUAUGAUCAGAGCCAGUGGCUGCACUGCUGCGACCAGCUAAUGAAGAUCGAGGUCGCGUCGCCACGGAAACCAUCACUCUUCCUCACCAAGCAGGCGGACUCUGUUUACAACGACCUCAGUAUAAAUUCUCCAAGCAAGUUUGAGAGCAUCACAGAUAUCCACAAUAAAAUUGAGGAGACAGACGGCCGCUUCCUUAUUGGCCACGACGAGGAGAGGCGGGCACCUAAUUGGUCCACUCUGUUUGAUGGCUCCCAUUCAGUGGUGGUCCCAGAAGAGCAUUCUGUCCCACAGCAAAACCUCCACCCUGUUCAAGCCCCAAACCCAACAGCAGCUCUACACCCAACAAGCUCCAAGAAGCGCCGUGCUCCGCCCCCUCCUUCUGACAGGGAGCCUUAUGCUCCUCCCACCCGUCCAGCCAGACCUCCCCUUCCUCCUUCUCUUCUUCAUCAGCCUCUUCCCUCACACCAGGAGAAGGAGAAACUCGGUGCUUCACGUCCAGCCACAAGGUCCAAAACAGGCCGGCCGUCUCUGGACGCCAAGUUUUCUGCCAUCAUCCAGCAGCUCCAGCGGAACAACACCGGAGGAGCCGCAGCCCUCAGCAGAAAAAACGCUCCGCUGGGCCGUCCUCCGAUGUGCAGCCCCAGGGUCAUCCUCAGCCCCCCUCCAGCAGCUGGACUACCAGAAGCACCACGCCCAGACCCCCGAGGCCACAGCUGAUCACGCUUUGUCAGAGCCAGUAAUGGUCCUGGUCCUGUUCCUGCACCACGGAGCAAACUGAGGAAGUCUUUCAGGGAGAGGAUGAACCUUAAAGCGUUGUAACCUCGACCUUAAAGCACCUCUCUGUUUACCUAGUUAACCGUACUUACCACUAAUACAAUAACGAUUGAACUUUUUAACUGAGCUGAGUAACGCUCAUAAAAAUCACAUAUCACAAUAGAUUUGACUUUACCUCAGUGGGAGUGACAACUCCUCGUCAUGAAGGAUGAUCUUUGGGCUGUUGGUGUGGCCCUACAAUAUUAAAAGAGCACAUCACCUUGAUAGAAAAAUUCUAUCCCGUAUGAAGAGAGCUAGGACACAGAUAGAUUAGGAUAAAGUAUUCAAAAAGGGAAAAUGGAGAGUCUAAUUCAAUCCAACAGUAACAAAUUCCACCUACAUGCACAUUUAAAUCUCAUAAAUUAACAUAUUUAACUUUUUAAAUACAAAAACUGAAGUGCUAAAUGAGGAUUAUGCUUUUCUUAGAAGUCUGUCCUCAGACAAAAUGCUCUAUAAAACUACAAGUAGCUGCUUUACACUUCAGUUUUUCAGACAUAACGUGUUAAUUGGUGGGUUUUGGAGGUGCUAGCAGAUUGUCUUACCUUUGGAUAGAAGCAGACCGGGUGUUUCCUCUUAUUUCAGUCUUUAUGCCAAACAAAGCUGUUUCUGUUGGAACACAUCAUUAUACCGUCAGCGCAUUUCCAAACAUGUUUGAACCUAAAGGAUAGGUAGGUGAAGAUCUUCUAAAAAGAUCCUCUCAGUGUUAAUCAUGGACAACCCAAAUUCCACUGGACACCUCUUAUCACGACAUCCCUGCCGUAUCGAUACACGUUUCUGUUUCUAAACGUCCUUCAUGUGCAGCUGACCCGUAGAUGGAAUUGAAAGCUUGAAUGCUGGCUUGAGCACCGCCCAUCAUCAAUCCCACUAAAAUGGAAAGGCUUAUUUCUCAGCUCUGCCACUGGAACACGGACCUGAAGAAAAGAGCCUUUGCAAAAGCACUCAAAUUGGAAUUGAUCCAUCGGCCACUGGGUGGAUGAGUCAUUCCUUUUGGAACGAUUGACUUAUUCUACUUACUGUGACGACUUUAUGACCACUACGGCUGAUUUUAAAGGAACACAAUUUUUAGGAGCAAUCGCAGGCACUAAUGUGACUUCUCCGUCCCCCAGAGGUCUUAAUAAUGGAGUGACCUUGCGUUUUCAGU